AUGGAAAUCAUAGCCAAACCCAACGUGUCAGAUUAUUUCCCCCUCUUAAGUUUUUUAGACCUACAAGGUUUAAGAAAGAAGACUAACAAUCUGUCUAAACUUCUUGGUGUUAUUACGAAUGGCUUUGUGGAGGAGCGCUUGCAGAUGAGGAUGAAUAGUUCAUAUCACCAACAGAAGAAGCACCAAGAUUUCUUAGAUGUGUUGAUAGAUUACGAAGGCAACGGAAAGGAUGAACCAUCAAAAAUCUCUGUUAAAUACAUCCAAACAUUAAUGGUGGAAUUUUUCAUGUCUGCAAACAAAGCAAUAAGCAUAACUGUUGAGUGGGCGAUGUCGGAACUUAUCCGCAAUCCAGAGAUGAUGAAAACAGCCAAAGCGGAGAUUGCCCAAGUUGUAGGCCAUGGAAAGAAGAUGGAAGAGAGUGACAUAGAGAAUUUACCAUAUCUUCGUUCUACAGUCAAGGAGACAUUAAGGUUUCAUCCUCCUGGCGCAUUCCCGAUACCACGGACCGUGAUGCAAGACAUAGAGGUGAUGGGAUACUCAAUACCGAAGGGAACUCUAGUGCUGGUUAAUAUUUGGGGAAUUGGUAGGGACCCAAGUAGUUGGGAUGAUCCAUUAUCCUUCAAGCCAGAACGAUUCUUAAACUCCACCAUCGAUUAUCGUGGGCAAAAUUUUGAGUAUAUACCUUUUGGAGCAGGACGACGUAUCUGUCCAGGGCUCCCUUUAGCUCAACAAAUGAUUCACGUGAUGCUUGGCUCACUUUUUCAAUCUUUCGAUUGGGUUCUGGAGAAAGGUCUGACUCCAGAAACCAUGGAUAUGAGUGACAAAGUUAGAUUUUCGCUGGGAAGAGCUGUUCCAUUGAGCACUCAGCAGUAG